AUGCUCCCCCUUCUCCUCCCUUUCACCACCGCACACCCGCAACAGCCUCUUCCCCAGAAUCUCCUCGUCUCCAGCCUCUCUUCGGACCAAAAAGCCGGCAAUCCUGUUUUCCAAGGCUGGUAUGCCGACCCGGAAGCCCGCCUCUUCGACGGCCAAUACUGGAUCUACCCGACCUACUCGGCCGACUACAGCGAGCAAACCUUCUUUGACGCCUUCAGCUCGCCCGACCUCCUCACCUGGACCAAGCAUCCCACCAUCCUGAACAUAACCAACAUCCCCUGGUCGACGAACCGUGCGGCCUGGGCACCCUCCGUGGGCCGGAAGCUUCACUCCUCCACUAAGACCAGCCUCCACAAGCGCGAUGACAGCGAAGAAGACUACGACUACUUCAUGUACUUCUCCGUAGGGGAUGGUACCGGCAUCGGCGUCGCCAAAUCCACCACUGGUCGUCCGGAAGGUCCCUAUGAGGAUGCCCUCGGGGAGCCCUUAGUUAACCGCACGAUAUACGGGGCUGAGGCGAUCGAUGCGCAGAUCUUCCAGGAUGACGAUGGGCGCAACUGGUUGUAUUUUGGAGGAUGGAGUCAUGCGGUUGUGGUGGAGGUGGGCGAGGAUAUGGUGAGUUUGAAAGGGGAUUAUCUAGAGAUUACCCCUGAGGGGUAUGUGGAGGGGCCGUGGAUGUUGAAGCGGAAUGGGGUGUAUUAUUAUAUGUUCUCUGUAGGAGGAUGGGGCGAUAAUUCCUACGGGGUCAGUUAUGUCACGGCGGAGUCCCCUACCGGGCCAUUCUCGACUACACCGAAGAAGAUCUUGCAAGGAAAUGACGACGUUGGAACCAGCACGGGUCAUAAUAGUGUGUUUACUCCAGAUGGGCAGGACUAUUAUAUCGUGUAUCAUCGCCGGUAUCCGAAUGAUACGGCGCGGGAUCACCGGGUGACGUGUAUAGACCGGAUGUAUUUUGAUGACAACGGAGAGAUCCUCCCGGUCAAUAUCACUGUGGAGGGAGUAGAGGGGCGGUCAUUAUCCUAG